AUGCCUAUAGCGGGGCCGAGUAGGGAAGAGUAUGAGUACCAAGUGGGGAUUCUAGAAGAGUAUGAGUCCCAAGUGGGGAUUCUAGAGGAGUAUGGGUGCCAAGUGGGGAUUCUAGAAGAGUAUGAGUACCAAGUGGGGAUUCUAGAAGAGUAUGAGUACCAAGUGCGGAUUCUAGAAGAGUAUGAGUCCCAAGUGGGGAUUCUAGAAGAGUAUGAGUACCAAGUUGGGAUUCUAGAAGAGUAUGAGUCCCAAGUGGGGAUUAUAGAAGAGUAUGGGUGCCAAGUGGGGAUUCUAGAAGAGUAUGAGUCCAAAGUGGGGAUUAUAGAAGAGUAUGAGUCCCAAGUGGGGAUUCUAGAAGAGUAUGAGUAUCAAGUGGGGAUUCUAGAAGAGUAUGAGUACCAAGUGGGGAUUCUAGAAGAGUAUGAGUACCAAGUUGGGAUUCUAGAAGAGUAUGAGUCCCAAAUGGGGAUUAUAGAAGAGUAUUGGUGCCAAGUGGGGAUUCUAGAAGAGUAUGAGUCCAAAGUGGGGAUUAUAGAAGAGUAUGGGUGCCAAGUGGGGAUUCUAGAAGAGUAUGAGUCCCAAGUGGGGAUUCUAGAAGAGUAUGAGUAUCAAGUGGGGAUUCUAGAAGAGUAUGAGUACCAAGUGGGGAUUCUAGAAGAGUAUGAGUCCCAAGUGGGGAUUCUAGAAGAGUAUGAGUGCCAAGUGGGGAUUCUAGAAGAGUAUGAGUGCCAAGUGGGGAUUCUAGAAGAGUAUGAGUCCCAAGUGGGGAUUCUAGAAGAGUAUGAGUACCAAGUGCGGAUUCUAGAAGAGUAUGAGUCCCAAGUGGGGAUUCUAGAAGAGUAUGAGUACCAAGUUGGGAUUCUAAAAGAGUAUGAGUACCAAGUGGGGAUUCUAGAAGAGUAUGAGUGCCAAGUGGGGAUUCUAGAAGAGUAUGAGUACCAAGUGCGGAUUCUAGAAGAGUAUGAGUACCAAGUUGGGAUUCUAGAAGAGUAUGAGUACCAAGUGGGGAUUCUAGAAGAGUAUGAGUACCAAGUGGGGAUUCUAGAAGAGUAUGAGUGCCAAGUGAGGAUUCUAGAAGAGUAUGAGUGCCAAGUGGGGAUUCUAGAAGAGUAUGAGUCCCAAGUGCGGAUUCUAGAAGAGUAUGAGUGCCAAGUGGGGCUUCUAGAAGAGUAUGAGUACCAAGUGGGGAUUCUAGAAGAGUAUGAGUCCCAAGUGGGGAUUCUAGAAGAGUAUGAGUGCCAAGUGGGGAUUCUAGAAGAGUAUGAGUCCCAAGUGCGGAUUCUAGAAGAGUAUGAGUGCCAAGUGGGGCUUCUAGAAGAGUAUGAGUACCAAGUGCGGAUUCUAGAAGAGUAUGAGUCCCAAGUGGGGAUUCUAGAAGAGUAUGAGUGCCAAGUGGGGAUUCUAGAAGAGUAUGAGUCCCAAGUGGGGAUUCUAGAAGAGUAUGAGUGCCAAUUGGGGGUUCUAGAAGAGUAUGAGUACCAAGUGGGGAUUCUAGAAGAGUAUGAGUACCAAGUGGGGAUUCUAGAAGAGUAUGAGUACCAAGUUGGGAUUCUGGAAGAGUAUAAGUACCAAGUGCGGAUUCUAGAAGAGUAUUUGUACGAAGUGGGGAUUCUAGAAGAGUAUGAGUACCAAGUGGGGAUUCUAGAAGAGUAUGAGUACCAAGUGGGGAUUCUGGAAGAGUAUGAGUACCAAGUGGGGAUUCUGGAAGAGAAUAAGUACCAAGUGGGGAUUCUAUAG